AUGGCGCAGCAAACUGCAUAUGUUGAUGCUGCCGUCAAUAUUCCAUAUGUGGUUGAUUCAGACGAUGAUGGAAUAGUCCCCCGUGAACUAGAGAAAAUGAGAAGCAUAUUGGAAGAGUCGAUGCUGGAAACGCGCAGCAUGCCUCUCGAAAAUCGACCACGACUUUCGCACAUACCCCUUAGCAAGCGAAAUCGGGCUGUCGUGUGGGCUCUUAACCCAAUGCUGGUGACCUAUUUGGAAGCCAGCCGGGAUCUUUGCGAGACGGACUCAAUUCUUUUUUUGCACCGCACUGACAGUAUGCCUUAUUACUGGCGCCAAACUUCCCAUGGCUGGACGUGCUACUCGACAAAAUAG